AUGUAUGAUUCGAUUUUUCAUCUCGAUGGCGCGGUAGAAGAGAUACAUCAAAUACAAGCUAAUUUGACAAGUUUUGGAGUAGAAGAAUUGGAUGUUAAGCUGAAGAAGCAGUUGGAGAAUUCGCUUUGUGAAUGGAGCUUGGCUCGGGAUGAUCAGACUGGGAGAGCAGAGUUGGGACUUGGUGAGCCACUGGAUACAAUACAAAACUACAUCAUUAAAGUGGAUUAUCUUCUAUGGUCGAACUCGUCGAACUCAUCGAAACACCUUCCAGAAUCCGAACAAGAAGGAUCGACGUCUCCUCGCAGCACCAAACAAAAACACAGAGAGGAUAAGGCCCAUGAGCAGAAGAGCCCCGUCGAUAAGAUGAAUUCAUAUGUUUUAUUCCUUCCGCACCCUGAAAAUCCUAAACGUCCCCGCAGCCAUCCCUGCCAGCCUCCUUUCACCCGCAUCUCCAAGUCCAAACUCAGGUCCUUCUCAGCAUUAUUCGGCGACCUCCUGGAGCAAAAGCAGAAUGGCCAGCUCGGAGAUGAUGAUGCCAAUAUCGUUUAUGAUGCAACUACGAAUCAUCAACCAAGAAAAUGCAUCGAGAAUCAGGUAAUUUACACAAGUGGUCUGAUUCAUUCGUAUUACUCAAGUUUUUUGGAUGGUCACGAUGAGCCUUCUGCGCUUUCCGAUGAUAGAGUUUGGAACGCUUUCAAAAAUGGUUUGGGAUUGGUGGAGGAAGGAUCGGAUGGGGGAUUGCUAUCAAAGAGGGAGCGGAUGGAUCUUAAUUUGUGGGUGGAGUAUACGAAUGUUUGA